UAUUCAUACAGUAGUUUCGUGGAGUCAGUGGUAUAUAGUUUAACAAAACCAAAAUGUUCAAGAUCAUAGUUUUGUUAAGUUUGGUGGUUUAUGCCAGCGCUGGAUACUCCUACUACUCCUUUGGAGGAGGUGGAGGUGGCGGUGGAAGAAAAUAUGAAGAAGUAAAAGAAUAUAAAGGAACUGGACACACUUUUGAUUACUACACUGUCCCCCACUACGAGUACAAAUACGGAGUCCACGACCCCAAACACCACGACGUUCACGAACAAAAAGAAGAGCGUUACGGAGACAAAGUCAAGGGAGAGUACUCCCUCCACGAACCUGACGGUACCAUCAGGUACGUCAAGUACGAAGCCGACAAAGAAAACGGUUUCAACGCAGAGGUAAGAAGAGAAGGGCACGCAGUCCAUCCUCAACAUUACAGGGUGUCCAAAGGAAAGGAAAUCCCUCAUCACUAUUAGAUCCAACGUGCCAUACAAGAUCUAGGAGCAUAAACUUGCUAUAAUCAAUAUAGUACCACAUUUUACCACUGACUGCUGUAUUCUUAUGUUAAAGGAAGUGUCUGAAAAAUACUCAGAUAUUAUUGUAUUCUUAAGUAUGUGGGUGUGUUACAUGAAGUCUGUAAAAUUCAUAUUGAAUUUUAUAUGAGUUUCGUGUGUUAUGUUGUUAUAUUUACGCAUCAGCUUGUACAUG